AAUCCCCCCUCUGAGCUUCUUCUUAUCCAUAUUCAAGACUUAACACUUAACACACUUUACACUUUCAACCAAAAGAACUCUUAUCUCUAGCCAAAACCACCGCAAAAAGUCAGUAUACUUAUAUCUGACUUGACUUGAUCUCGUUAUUAACAUACCAUCCCUCAAAUAGACAUCCAUCAAAAUGCCUUUCGAACAACCAGUCGUCGAACAACAAAUCCAAUCCGAAGCUCCAAUGAGCUCCGAGAACGCCGGUAUCGAGAUGCAACAACCUGUACGAAAUCUCCCUCCCCAACACUAUCUCACAACCCACACACAGUAUACUAAUUCCCUCUUCUACAGAAGCCAGUUGCAGCCAUGGGUACCGAGACCAACCUCCGUGGAGGUGAAUCCGCCGGAUGUGAAUGCUGUGGAUGCGGAUGCGGAGAAUCAUGCUGUUAAAAACAGUAGCUACCUAGCUAGCAUGAAUAACACGGCGUGAAUGGGAAACUUAAAUGAGGGAAGGAUGGGAUUUGAUUCGAACUCUGCAAUAUUGAGAUUCGAAUGAAAUAUAUGGAUGGGUUUUAUGAUUAUAUUAUGAUGGCAAUUACAAUACAUGCUGAUACUGGGGAGAAUAAUUAAUUUCUCUAAUCAAUACAAUAAAACAAUACAAACAAAAUACAACACGAUACAGUACAAUUCUUUUUCUUUGAAUGU